GGCCGGGCGCGCGCUCGGGGACGCGCCAGGGCCCGCGCACUGGACGCCCGCGGCCACCCGCCGAGGACGCGGCGCCUCAGGUGGCGGGGGCCGGGCUGCGGGGUCCGCGGGCCGCGUGGGGGCGGCCGGCGGCCUUCCCGGCCCCGCCGCCCCGAGACCCUGCGGAGGUGGAGCCGCGCUGUGCACACGCCGCGAGGCGGGCCCGGCAGGCGGCUACGGCACCGCGGCCCGAUAGGGCCGCCCUGCCGGGGGCCGGUCGCCGGGCGAAGAAGGGCAGGCGUCGGGAGCGAGGGAGUUCUGGCCGACUCCCCCUCGGGUGUGGGAGUGCGGACCCCGAGGUUCUCCUCAGAGUUAGACCGUGCCCUUCCUCACACCCUGUGGGCCGGGGCUGCCGAACAUCCUAAGAGCGGUCGGACCAGGCGUCUCUCCCCAGCUGGCGGCACUCGGCCGGCUGAGGGCGCCUCGGAGUCAGGGCUGCCCCGGGCUGCCCGGCGCUGAAGCCCCUCAGCCGGGGCCGAGUCCGACUCGGCCGAGUCCUACUGCUCCGGCGGCGCCUCGGGGGCCCGUAUCUGAGCCCCUCGCGGCUGCGAGGGGAACGGCGUCGCUCGGAUUUCCAUGGGCCGAGGGCCACCUUGUUAGGGGUACGGAUGACGUGUCGGGUGACCAAACGGAAUGUCAGAGGGACAAAAGGAGAGACGGGAAAUCGAAUUCGUGAUGGUUUUCAAGGAUCUCUACGCUUCCCUCCACCCUCUCCCCGCCCGCAGUAGCCUCUGGUAACUAGCCCUGUCCGGUGUCUUUGAGAAAGCUCCACAGGCUACGAAGGCAGCCCCGCAUGUCGUCUCCUCACGGUCGUAAGUGCAGAAGUGAGCAUGUUUUUGAACACAUUAACACCGAAGUUCUACGUGGCCCUGACAGGCACUUCCUCACUAAUAUCAGGGCUCAUUUUGAUAUUUGAAUGGUGGUAUUUUCGCAAGUAUGGAACGUCAUUCAUUGAACAAGUCUCAGUAAGCCACUUGCGCCCCCUCCUGGGAGGGGUUGACAACAACUCCUCCAACAAUUCUAACUCCAGCAAUGGGGACUCAGAUUCCAACAGGCAAAGUGUCUCAGAAUGUAAAGUAUGGCGAAAUCCACUAAAUUUAUUUAGGGGUGCUGAAUAUAAUCGGUAUACUUGGGUGACAGGACGAGAGCCUUUGACUUACUAUGACAUGAAUCUCUCUGCCCAAGACCACCAGACAUUCUUUACUUGUGACUCAGACCACCUGCGUCCUGCAGAUGCAAUAAUGCAGAAAGCCUGGAGAGAGAGAAACCCCCAAGCUAGAAUUUCUGCAGCUCAUGAAGCCUUAGAGAUAAACGAAAUUAGGUCCAGAGUUGAAGUUCCCCUAAUUGCUUCCUCUACCAUCUGGGAGAUAAAAUUGUUACCAAAGUGUGCGACUGCUUACAUUCUCUUGGCUGAAGAGGAAGCAACCACCAUUGCGGAAGCAGAAAAGCUGUUCAAGCAGGCCCUGAAGGCUGGAGAUGGCUGUUAUCGGCGUUCUCAGCAGCUACAGCAUCACGGAUCCCAGUACGAAGCCCAACACAGACGAGAUACCAAUGUCUUGGUCUACAUCAAAAGAAGGCUAGCAAUGUGUGCCAGAAGACUCGGGAGGACCAGGGAAGCAGUGAAAAUGAUGAGAGAUUUAAUGAAGGAGUUCCCCUUACUGAGCAUGUUCAACAUCCAUGAAAACCUUUUAGAAGCUCUUCUAGAACUACAAGCAUAUGCUGAUGUUCAGGCAGUCUUAGCAAAGUAUGAUGAUAUAAGCUUACCAAAGUCGGCCACAAUAUGCUAUACAGCUGCCUUGCUCAAAGCAAGAGCUGUCUCUGACAAAUUCUCUCCCGAGGCUGCAUCUCGGCGGGGGCUGAGCACAGCAGAGAUGAAUGCAGUAGAGGCCAUUCAUAGAGCUGUGGAAUUCAAUCCUCACGUGCCAAAAUACCUACUAGAAAUGAAAAGCUUAAUCCUCCCCCCAGAACAUAUCCUGAAGCGAGGGGACAGUGAAGCAAUAGCAUAUGCGUUCUUUCAUCUGGCACACUGGAAGAGGGUGGAAGGGGCUUUGAAUCUUUUGCAUUGUACGUGGGAAGGCACUUUUCGGAUGAUCCCUUAUCCCUUGGAAAAAGGGCAUCUAUUUUAUCCGUACCCAAUCUGUACAGAAACAGCAGACCGAGAGCUGCUUCCGUCUUUCCAUGAAGUCUCAGUUUACCCGAAGAAGGAGCUUCCCUUCUUCAUUCUCUUCACUGCCGGACUGUGUUCCUUCACAGCCAUGCUGGCCCUCCUGACACACCAGUUCCCGGAGCUUAUGGGGGUCUUCGCAAAAGCUAUGAUUGACAUUUUCUGCUCGGCAGAGCUCAGGGACUGGAAUUGCCAGAGUAUUUUCAUGCGUGUUGAAGAUGAACUGGAAAUCCCACCGGCACCUCAAUCUCAACAUUUCCAAAACUGAACUCAUCACCCUCCUUCCCCCACCACCCAAAGCACCCCUCCUGUAUUCCUGACCUCUGCCAUGGCACUGCCAUCCAUACGGUUACUCAAGCCAGAAGCGGAGCAGCCUCCCGAGCUCCUCUCCCUCACUGCCCACACCCCACCUGUCUCGGCCUCCGCAGCGUGUCGGGUCUAACCUCCUAAGCCCCUGGGCAUUCAGUAAAUGUCAUUCGCCUCUUCUUCCCCUCUUUCUCUCCCCGUGGCCCCUCUCUCUUAGUUUAGGUCUUGUUUUUCUUGCUUGUACUCCUCUGCAAGAGUCUUAACUGGUCUCCUGGCUUCCAGGUUCAUCCCUUGCCAGGCCUUUUCUCACACUGACAUAAGAAUGAUCCUCCCAAAUUGCAAGUCUGAGCAUGGCGCUUCCCUGCUUGAAUUUCUCCAGAGGUUUCCCACCGAUUUCAGGAUAAAGCCUCAGCUCUUUAGCAUGGUGUGCAAGGUCCUUUAUGAUCUAGCCUUGCUUGCCUCUUCAGCCUCAUCUCUCCCAACUCUUGCACACACUCUUUUAGUCCAUAGUGAAUUACUCAGCACUCCCAGAUGCACAGGCUCUUGUACAGCCCAGUGCCUUUGCACAUGCUAUUUGCUCUGCAUGGAAUGCCCUUCCCCAUCACCACCCCAGCUUGUCCACUCUACUAACUUCUCUUAAUUCUUUUAUACUCAUCUUUCUUUCUGAGCUUCUUCUAAGCUGAAUUAGAGGUCUCUCCUCUUUGCUCCCACAGUAUUCCAUGAAUACCUAUAUUAUCACAUUUAUUGUACUAAAAUUGUUUAAAACUUGUCUGUCCCCCUUUUAGAAUGUGAGCUCCUUGAGAGCAGGGCUGUGUCUUCCUCAUCUCUGUAUCCCCAAAGCUUUGCACAGUGCCUUGCACAUAGUAGGUUUUCAAUAAAUGAUUCUUAAAUAAAUAAAUGGUAGUGGUUUCUGCAGAAAGAAUCAAUGUAAAAAUGAGAUAUAGUUUAGCAUUUCUCCUCUUCUUUUGUAAUUAUGAUCAUGGACUCUUAGAGUUGAAAGGGACCUUAAAACAAAUUGCCUUCAACAGUAAUGUGAUGGAGGUCAUCUAGACUCUUCUUGAAUACUCUCAGUGAUGGGGAACUCACCUACUUAACAUCAAAGCCCAUUUCAUUGUUGGAUCACUUAGAAGUCUUCUUUACACAAUAAAAUCUGCCUCCCUCCUAUAUGCACCUGUUGUUCCUGUUCUGCCCUCCAACACUAUACUCAAUAAGUCUCUUCCUUCUUGCAAAUUCCUAUGACAGCUAGUAUAUUCACAGCCACCUCCAACCCCUAACUGACUAAUGGUAGAACAUCUCAAAUUUCCUUAAGUCUUCUGUAUAUACCAUGAUUUUUAAACCCAGGAUCCCCCAUGCUGGAUGCUCCCUAGUUUAGGGACCUCUGCUAUUCAUUAUUAUACCCUCGAGCCAACCUCUGAGUAAAAAUAGUUGCCAAAAUUCUGAGUAGACUAGAGUUUAACUUAGUAAAACAUAAAACAGGAAUAUAUUUACAACAUUAGACAACUCUUCUUCCUUUCAAUGUUCCUCUCAAACAUUUUUUAAAGCAUUUUUUGGUCCAAAUACGUCAUUUUCCCAGUACUCUGCAUUAAACAAGCAAAUAGCACUUUGUGGGAGUUUUGGAUGAGAACAG